AUGGCUGACGCCAAGCGUGCACUGGCAGAGGCUUCGCCGUGGCUGCUGCCACCCAUCGUGCUGCAGGUCGUCCACUGCCUCGACGCGACAGACCAUGUGCUCGCCUUUCUUCACGCAGUGCCAAGCAGCGCCCGCGACAAGGCCCUCGACGCGCUCGCGACGCUUCUGACCGAGGACGCCAACCUGUGGCCGGUCGCCGCCGUUGCCGACUUGAACGACAUGGAUGUCGCAACCGUGACAAGGGCGCUGCCAGCCUUCCGACAGCUUGCGGUCGACCGACGUAGCGAUGUGUCGAACCGCUGCCGGAGCACGCUGCUUCCAUUGACAACCGCCGUGCACGCGACCGUCCAUUACCCUAUCAUCCUGCUGUAG